CAGUUGCUUAAGUCGAUAAGAUACAGGCCGGAGUGAUUCCAUUUAUAUUAUUGUAUUUUUUUUAUCGAUUCAUGUCACGGUUUAGCUGAUUUCAAUUCAAGAGCCAGAAAUAUUAGUAUAGGAUUAGUAUAUUAUGUUAAUUCUGACCACGUUAUCAUUGCACCUUUUACUGUAUGGAGUUUGAUGGCAGCAGCUGCUUUGGGCACUUCCGGCAAUUCAAGUAAGGUAAUAUCAAGAGCACUGCUUUUACCGAAAAACAACACUGAAUUUCUGACUAAUUAUUCAAAAUUAAAAACAACAAUUUUCGGCGAAAAAUCCGAUGGCGUGGAUCUCGAUUUUAGUAGUUUCAUUUUUAUUAAUAAAGAUUUGAGUGUCUUAUCAUUGUUCCGAGAAACGGUGGUGACGUAUUUCGGAACAACGAUCAAAGUAUUAGACUUUGAAGAUCCAAACAAAGCUCGAAUAGCAAACACAUAUAUACAAUUAAAACACACAAACACAAAAAUAAUUUUUAAACAGAAUGAUUUUAAAGAUGCAACAAUGAUCAUAAAUAAUGUAAUAUAUUUUAACGGCAAAUGGAAAUCGACUUUUAAUGCAUCUCACACAAAAGAAAAGAUUCAUUACAAAAAAAACAUAUCUUAUAGAGAGAAGGUGAUGCGUCAAAGGUUAAACUUGCCCUAUUCAAACAUGGACUCUAUGAACGCUAAUAUUUCAGAAUUAGCGUUUGUUGAUGAUGAUAAAUAUUGUUUACUACUGAUCAUACCGUACCAUGACACAGAUAUCAAGGGAGUUUAUCGUAAGUUCAAUCAUGUAUCACUUAAAGACAUAUUCGGUAAACUUCAAAGUGAUGUGAAUAAAUUCGGUUUAAGGGAUAUAGAUUUGUCCUUGCCGAGUUUCAGAAUAAAAAGCAGCGUACUUUUGAAUGACCCGCUUAAUUAUUUUGGAAUUUUCGAUUCGUUUGAACCUGGAUUAGAUAAUUUUAGGGGCAUAACAAAGGAAGGAAUAUACAUUUCAUCUGUUGAACAGAGAGCCGUUAUAUUUUGUACAGAGUCAGGAGUUAUAGCAGGUGCAGCAACAAUAGGACUUGAUUGUAAUUAUAUUCCUGAGUUAGAAGCUGAACAACCUUUUAUCUUCUACAUAGUAGAGAAAUCAACCCAAACUAUAUUAUUUGGUGGAUUUUAUUCUAAAACAGGUUUGGACGAUACAUUGUGA